AUGGAUGUAGACGACUUCGCGCCGCCCGCUCCGCCCGCGCCCGCGCCCAAGCCCAAGCCCAAAGAGGCGGAGGCGGCCGUGCCUCCAAAGCGGCGCGCAAAGAAAGCGGCCGCGGGCGCUCCCGCGCCCAAGAAGAAAAAGAAGGAGGAGGAGAAGGAGGAGGAGAAGGAGAAAGAAAAGGAGGAGAAGGAGAAGAAGGACAAGGAGAAGAAGGACAAGAAGGACAAGAAGAAAGGGGGUGGGGGGAGGGGGAGGGGGACGAAGUCCCGACCAUGUAUCGUCGAUAGCGACGACGAGGACGACAAGGAGAACAUCCCUCCUUCCUCUUAA